CCUGGUGGACUGGAAAGGGACUCGGUUCAAAUGGGAUAUGCUUCCGACGACCAAACCUACAGGUUGGAAAAAGCACUGAAUCUCUCCAGGCCUUCAGAGUCCGAAAAGUUGCACUGAAGAAUGAGCUCCAGUCAAUGAGGACGUGAACUGCUGCUCCUUUCUUCUGGUGCGGUGAGGAAUUAGAACAGGGGAGGAGCUGGAACAAUUGUGGCUGCUUGAGAAUCCAAGAUGGCCUCAACAAGUGCCGAGGGUCAGAUCCAAAGGAUUAUCAGAGACUUGCAAGAUGCGGUGACAGAACUAAACAAAGAAUUUAAGGAAGCUGGAGAACCUAUUACGGAUGACAGCACCAAUCUGCAUAAGUUUUCCUACAAACUCGAGUACCUUUUACAAUUUGACCAGAAAGAAAAGGCCACGCUCCUGGGGAACAGGAAGGACUAUUGGGAUUAUUUCUGUGACUGCCUGGCGAAAGUGAAAGGAGCAAACGAUGGAAUCCGCUUUGUCAAGUCUAUUUCAGAGCUCAGGACGUCGCUUGGGAAAGGGAGAGCCUUUGUCCGGUACUCUUUAGUGCACCAGAGACUAGCCGACACCUUGCAGCAAUGUCUCAUGAACACCAAAGUGACCAGUGAUUGGUACUAUGCAAGAAGUCCAUUUCUGAAGCCGAAAACGAGCUCCGACAUCGUGGGCCAACUUUACGAGCUGACUGAGGUUCAGUUUGACCUGGCGUCUAGGGGAUAUGACUUGGAUGCUGGGUGGCCGACAUUCGCCAGGCGGACACUGGCCUCCCUCGGUACUUCGGCUUAUACGUGGAGGCCUCCGAGUCGCACUUCAAGUAUGAGCAGUUUGGUGAGCAGCUACUUGCAGACCCAAGAGUUGGCAGCCGGCUUUGAUACAAACAGUUCUCUGAACACAGAGCCUCUGGAAGGGUUUGAUGAAAUGCGCGUGGAGCUGGACCAGCUAGAGAUGAGAGAAAAGGAGCUGCAGGGUCGGGUGCAGCAGCUGGAGAAGGAGAACCAGGAGCUGAGACAGGCCGUCGUGGUCCACGGAGAGCAAGCGCGGGUCCAGAAGGAGAAGGGGAGCGCCUUGGCCGAGGAGAACUCCCGGCUGAGCAGGAUGGUGGAAGAGCUCCGGAAGCAGUGUGAGAUCACACAUUCCACUCAGAGCACCGUGCAGGGCCUACAGACAUUCGAGCUGGACACCGCCGAGAAACAAAAGGAAUACCAGUCCAUCCUGAAGCAACUGGAGGCCAACAAGGAGGAGUGGGCGGCCAAGAUGCAGCCUCUGGUCCAGGAGCUGGCGGAGGCCCGGGCCACCGCCAGCCUGAAGGACUUGCGCGUUGCCGAUCUCCAAGCCAAGUUGGCCGUGGCGGAGCAGAGGAACCUCGACAUGGCGACCAGAGUGGACGCCGCCCUGGACACAAAGGGCCAGCAGGCCUCCAGCCGGUAUGAUUCCGCCCUAAAGAUCCAGGAGCUGGUGGAGAAGCUUGGGGAGCAGGACCAGGCGAGUGCCAAAGUUCAGGAACUCAAUGCGGUGCAGGGAGCCCAGCUGAAGAAGCUGGCAGAGGAGCUACAGCUAAAAGAGGAGGCCCGAGGAGAGCUAGAAGCCAAACUCGAUCUCUUGGUCACUAGCUCCAGGGACGAAAAGCAGCAGCUGCUCUCCGACCUGGAGGACCUGACCAAACAGACGGCCCCGUUGAAGGAGGAACUGGCCGCCAAAGGGAAGGAGGCGACUGACCUCCGGCUCCAGCUGGAAGAAUCUCUGGUGAGCUCCCGGGCGCUGGAGGAGAAACUGGAAGAAGCGAGAAAAGCGGAGAGGAGUUGUAGAGAAGAGCUGGGGCUUGAGAGGGAUGUGCUGGAGCAGGAGGCCAGAUCCCUGGCUAAGCAGUUGCAGCUGCUGGAAUGGCACCUGUCCCAGGUGAACCAGCACGUGAGCGACCUGGAGGAGGAGAGGAAACAGCUGUUGGGUGACAGGGACCACCUCAGCCAGAAGGUCGGGGAGCUGGAGCUCCUUACGGGGCAGCAGAGCUUGGAGCUCAGCGAGAUCGGGGAGAAGAGCAAGGAGCUGAGAUCCGAGAACUCCCUCCUGCAGCAGACCAGGAAGAAGCUCGAAGAGGAGCAGAAGAGCCUACAGGAGUCCAAUGCCUCCUUAGAAGUAGGAGUUGCUAUGCUCAAGGCAUCUGAGAAGCACCUCCAGAGUCAGAUCGACGACGCCCAGGUGUCGGUGGAUGAGAAGGAAGAGAAGCUCCGUGAGGCCAACAAAGAGCUGGACGAGGAGCUGCAGAAUGCCAACCGGCGAAACGAAAUCCUGGAGGGCAAGCUCAAGGCCCUCCAGGUGGACUACGAGGAACUGAGGCAACGCGAAGCGGCCAUCAAGGGCUCACUGGCUUCCCUGGAAGCGGAGCAGGCCAGCAUCCGGCACAUCGGGGACCAGAUGGAGAAGAGCCUCCUGGCCGUGAAGAAGGCCAAGGAGACCAUGAGGGCCCAGGUGGCGGAGAAAGACGCGGCGCUGCAAGGCAAGGAGAGCGAGUGCCAGCGGCUGAGAGAUGAAGUGGAGAGGUGUCGGCAGCGAGCGGAGGCCCACGAGGGAGAGCUGCAGAGCCUCAGGAGCACGUGCCUGGACCAGUCCAGACUGAUCAAGGCCCUGAGCACGGAGCGGGACACGCUGGAGAAGGCCCAGGUGGAACCGAGCACCCUCCCGGAAAAAGGAAACCAGGAGUUGGCCUCCCAGCUGGCCCUGUCUGAGAAGCAGAUGGAGCUACAGCAGGGAGAGGUCGCCCGGUUGCAAAGCGAGGCGGUCGACCUCCGAGCCCAGCUCCAAGAGGCCACGGGCAACCAAGAGAAGUCUCAGAGCCAGCUGAAGGGAGCCGAAGCCCGCCUGGAAGAGCACAAGGCUCUAGUCCGGCAGCUGAAGGAACAGAGCGAGUCUCUCAACCGGGCUCAUGUUCAGGAGCUGCUGCGGUGCGCAGAGAGAGAGGCGGCCCUGAGGAAGGAGAAGGAGAGAGAGGCCCAAGGGAGGGUUGAGAGGGAGCAAGAGGUGCAGGGUCUCCAGGAAGAACUGUCCCACGUGAGGCAGGAUGCCGAGGUGGCCCGGCUGGAGCAUGCCGAGCUGCGAGAGCAGCUCCACCGAGCCAACACCGACACCGCAGAGCUAGGCAUUCAGGUCUGCGCUCUGACGGCGGAGAAGGGGCAGGUGGAGGAGAGGCUGGCGCAGGCCACCCAGAAACUCAAAGACGUGGAGGAGGCGGGGGCGAGGGAGCUCCGGGACUUGCAACAAGAUGUGGUUGGGCUCCAACAGGACAAGGAAAGCCUGCAAGAGGAGCUGAGGGUGGCACAGGAGAGGUCUGAGGCCCUCCUCAGCCUCCAGACACAGCUGGAUCUGGCUGAGAAACAGGCCCAGAGCCUGCGGGAGGUGGGAAAAGAAGAGCUCUCGACCGUGAAAUUCCAGAUGAGCACUGAGAUCAUGAACUGUCAGACCAAGUUCAAGACGGUGAGUGAAGAGUGCAAGAACGUGAAGGGGCAGCUGGAAGAGAAGAAGCAACAGUUGCAGGCUGUAGAGAAGGAGGUCUCAGAGCUUAAGGCUACCAAAACCGACCUGGGUAGGAAACUAGAUCACGCAGUGGAACAGCUGACCAAGCACGAAGCCGCCAUGCUAAAAAAAGAAGAGGAAGUGACAUCCCUGAGUGAAAACUUGGAGAGGACUCAAAAGGAACUUACUGGAGUAAGUGAAGAGUUGGAGGGCUUUCGUAAUAAACUCAGUCAGGAAGUACAGGAACGAGAGAGAAAUGACCAGAAGAUGUUGGCUGACCUGGAUGACCUGAACAAAACCAAGAAAUAUCUUGAAGAGCGACUAAUAGAACUUCUCAGGGAUAAAGAUGCUCUCUGGCAAAAAUCGGAUGCAUUGGAAUUCCAGCAGAAGCUGAAUGCGGAGGAACGAUGGCUCGGAGACACGGAGGUGAACCACUGCCUUGACUGUAAGAAGGAGUUUAGCUGGAUGAUACGUCGUCACCACUGCAGGAUCUGUGGCCGUAUUUUCUGCUAUUACUGCUGUAACAAUUAUGUCAUGACCAAACACAGCGGCAAGAAGGAACGCUGCUGCCGGGCCUGCUUCAAGAAGCUCACUGAAGGCACCGGAUCCCCCGGAGGAUCCAGCCUGAGCACCUCCCAGGACGAGCUCCCUUCUGCGAUGCCCCAGACUCCAGGGGAUCAGACCCCUGGAGUAACAGUUACAAAUGCUGACUUCAAACCUCCAGACGAUGCUGUGUUUGAUAUUAUCACAGAUGAGGAAUUGUGUCAGGUGCAAGAUUCUGGCUAUCCUCUGCCUGAAACCCCCACUGAAACAGAUUCACUGGACCAGAGCAUGAUGGAACAAGAUAGCACAUCGAACUCUCUAACCCCCGAUGACUCAGAAGACACGCCAGUGGGUCGGGAUGCUGAAAUCUGCUUGCUGAAGUCGGGAGAACUGACGACAAAAUUACCCCUCACGGUCGAAGACAUUCUACAUUUUGGAGAAGACAAAAGAGAGCUGUUCAUCAAAUCCAGCACCUACAGCAUCAUUCCCAUCAGCAUAAUCGAGGCGGGCCUCACAGUCAGCUGGGAGUUCUCCUCCGAUCCCAAAAGCAUAUCUUUCAGCGUUGUCUUCCAAGAGUCAGAAGAAAGUGCUCUGGAUCAGUAUAAAGUUCUUAUUCCAAUGACCCGGUGCAAUGCCCAUAAGGAAAGCAUCAGAGGGCAACUCAAAGUUAGGGAGCCGGGAAUUUACACGCUGAUAUUUGACAACACUUUUUCUAGGUUUGUCUCCAAAAAAGUUUUUUAUCACUUGAUGGCCGACCGACCCGUCAUCUACGAUGGAAGCGAUUUUCCCUAGUCACAGAAGCCUAUGUUUUUAACCGUUGAUUUUAUUCAUAAAGGAAACACUAGUCUUAUUUAUGUACUGUAUAUAGCACUAAAGGCAGAACUGAGCUUGGAGUCCACUGAACUAUGCAAUCUAGACACGCCCUCUCAGGAGCACAGCGUUUGUAGGAACGCCAUCUCCUCUGUACUGUGUACAGAUUGUGUUAAACCGUGUGGCUCCUGGAAGCUAAAGCAGCCCUCUAGGGCUUAAGGGCUGGAGCGGCAUUUUUGCCCAGGUAUUUUUCUUUUCCGUCAUAAGAUAGUGCCCAAGGGAGACUCUGGGAAAAGAAUUCAAUUGAGCUAUUAGCCUGUGUGGGAAGAUUAGAUUAAAAAGGGUGUAUUCUGUGUGAUACCCUGCCAGCGGCCAAGGGAAAACCACAGAAUUGGGGUCAUGCAGGUCAUUUCAGUGAGUGAAGAGAGAUGCUCGCCGGAUUCGCAGAGCCGUGGGGCUGCUCCCAACUCUAAUCAGCUGAUCAUCGUAGUCGACAACUACCACAACAAAAAAACACUGAUUCGGCACCUACAGGUUCACAGAACUGUGCUAGGCAAGUGACUUUACAAGCAGGAAACCCAGAUGGGGUCCUGUUUCUAUUGUGAGUCUUUAGGCACCCAGAGAAUUCUUCAGGAAAGAAGGCCCUUCAGGUCAGUGAGUUGGGAAGCCUUGAACUCUUCUUUGGGCGCUCUUCUCUUCUCUUCUUGAAGGGGAUUUCUCAGAGGUUUCUCUGAAACCCUGAAAAGAUUUCCCUUCCACGGUCUCCCUCAAUCCUCCUUUCCUUUCUCCUUGAUAGCCAGAGGUUUUCCCUGUUUCCCCCCACACCCUUUCUAAUAAGCACCUCCGAUCUAGUACCCAAUUUCCCGUGUCUUGGAGAGGACUGUCUCACAGGCAUUCUCCUCUCUUCGUGGGUAUGAACUAAGGGAGUACUCACACUCCUCUAGGGUGCUUCUUCUCUCCUCUCCAACACAAGGACGGUACCCUGAACCAGCAGCUGAGUUCAGAUCUCAGGCAUUUUCCUGGAUGAGCCGCACCCCAGAAUUAGUGACCGAGGAAGUACUGGGGAGAGGGAGGAGCGUAACCCAGUCAGGCUCAGAAGAGACUACCGGUACACCAAGGUAACCGAGGUAAGGACAGAAAUUUUUGGAGUCUGUUGAUUUCAAGGAGAAGGGAGUUAAGUGAUUCCAUUCAGAGAAGAGGGGUAUCUCGGUGGAGGGAGAUAUGCAAACCCUACCGGAUACGGCCUUUGAACCAUGGCAAGGGAUUCAAACAAGAAGAAGGAUUUAAUGCAGUUUGACACUUUUCAUCUGCCUGGAUGAGAAGCCCCUGGAUUCUGGGUCAUUUGUCGUGCAGAUCUCAGAGGAGAAAGGUACAGGGGGUCAGUGGCUGUGCUGUUCACUGAAACAGCAGGUCCAGAGUGUGUCCUAGAGGGAUGGGAUUUAAGGGCCCCCCCGAUGGACAGGAAAAAGGCCAUUUCCCUAAUUGUCCCUAGAGAAUGCCUAGUCCCUACAUCACUCCAGGAAAAUCAUGAUUAACCGUUAGUGGCUAUUUUAUUCAGGCUCCUUAGUCUUCCAUUUGGCUUUGCAAGACGGAAAUAAAGGAGAUGGAACUUCUGCCAGUCUAUUUUGUUAGCACCUCUGACUUUUGGGGCUUUUUAAAAAGAGUUUGGUAGGGGAGAAGGUUGUUAUUUGAUUCAAAUGAGGAUGGGGAGUUAUUUUGGGAGUCACACUGUUUUCGCUACCUAUGUCUCCAAGCCAUGAAUAGGCAACAAUUCAUUGCAUUGCCGUUGGAGACUGAACAUGAAAAUCCAAACAAAUAUUUGUGGUGGAUUAUGUUUUUAUGAGUGGUGAUGCCAUUAUUUUUUCUGGAUAUCAGGGCACUCAGGGGAGCCAAUGGUGAUGGCAUAUCUGCUCUCUCAACAGUCCCUUUAAUUUAAAAAUUAAAUUUAAUUUAAAUUAAAUUAAAAUUUAAUUUAAAAUUCUUUUUAAAAGAAAGAAUUCCUUUCUUCUUGUCACAGUUCUGUGGGAGGGACUAUUGAAGCACAAAAGGGUAAGACUUCGGGUAUUCUCACGGCCAAGAAAGUGAAAUUGGGAAAUUAAAAAGAAAAUAACUCUUGCCAAAUUCAGAGAACUGCCCGGAUCCCAUCUAAGGAGGACUUUUCUGUAACUCUAGUUUCACUGACAUAUUUAUUCUGAAUGCCGAAUUUGAUUUUUUUUUCAUUUAGGUUGUUAUUCCAAAGUUAGUUUCCUGAUGUUAUCUUCACGUUUGAAGUAGUGUACACUAUGCAUUGUCUACUGUCAUUUUUUCUUUACAUAUUCAAGUGUGACUUUAAGCAGCUUUGCUCUUAUUUUGUUAGAAAGCCAGCUUCACUGAAAAUUUUGAAAUUCAAAGGUUUAAUAAAGUAACACCAUUGAACAUUUCCCAUUAAAUAUGACCUAGACAUAUUUAAAAUAAUUAAGCAUAGACUAUCCUCUUGAAUUGCAAAUCUGUAAUUUUUAAAUGUCAAACAACAAAGAAAUGUUGUUUGUUUAUAUGGGUCCCAAAUUAUUUUGAUAAACACUAUCAUAGCUCACAACCCUAAGUGUUAUGCAAAUGUCUUUCAGGGAUGCUCAUACAAAGCAAGAUAAUCUUUGUUAGUAAAUGAAGCAGAUUUCUCUAUGCAAAUAUCUAGCUAUGCAUUUCUAGAGCACUUUUGAUUAUGGCAUUUAAGGUGCCAGAGAUGUUAUACAGCAAAUAAUACAACGCCAAAUUUCAGUUAUAUAGCAAAGUAGUUGGGCUUCUAAUUCAUAUUGAGACAGUAUGAACUCAUUUAAACUAUCAUAUGAAAUGAAUAGAAUGUGCUGCAUUAAAAGGCAUUGGUUAAAUUCUCAUCAUUAGAACUCAGCGUGAACCCUCAAAUAGAAAGUCUAAUUUUAUACAACACUCUACAUAAGAAUUCCCAUAAACUGCAAGAUCAAAUUCUUCUUAAAUGAAUACUCAGUGGCAAAAUGAAGUCCAACUCUUUUAGGAAAUUGAAAUCUAAGAUUUCUACAUGUUUGGGUAUCGAUGUUUUGAAAGAGACAAAUUUAGACUGUUAAGUGUCCUUCACUUGUCUUUUUAACAACCUCUUUUUACAUUAAGAGGAUGUAAGUUUAAAUUUUUAUAAUUGUGAUUGGAAAAUGGGGACUUCCUCAGUUAAGUAGGACAACUGGAUUUUCAGCUCCAUUGGUGAAGUUACAAGGCAAUAGCCUCAGGCAUAGUCUUUGUGAUUUGAAAGAUGGAAUUGCACUUUAGUUGGACUAAUCGUCAAUCCAGCCUUUUAUUAUGUUCUUUUUUUUUUUGGAAACCCAUUUCAAUUUCACCUGCCAAAGAACUGCACCAAGAUGCAUACCAAAUGUCAACCAGUCUCUCAGGAGGCGAGAGACAUUUUUGUAUACUGAUGUCUAUUAAUUUAUAAUUAUGUGUAUACUUCACCAUAGUGGAAUGUUGAUGCUUCUUUUUUUUACCUCAGGAAUUAAAUAAAAGCAACACUA